AUGCUCAAAUUUUUGCUCUUUUUUGUUGUGACAUUUUUGGCCCGGGCUCAGGCUCAAUUUGAGCCUGAAAAUGGAAAUGAGUUCACAUUUUUGAGCGAGCAAGAUUUCCGUAAUGCUCUUUUACUACCAAAUGUGCAUUUUUUGAGAAGGCCCACGAGAAGCUUGAAAAAUGAUAUGAGAUUUAAAUGGCAGGUAAGUUAGGGGGCGAAAAUUAGGGUUACUGUAGGUUUUGGCGUGAAAAAUUUUGAAUAUUUGGAAAAAAUGCUUGAAAAUUUGCUUGAGCAAAUAUUUGUUCAAUUAAAAUGCUGUGAAUUGUUAGCAGGAGUACUGUAGGCUUGAAAUUAUGAGAUUACUGUAGAUUAGAAAUUUUGAAACGUUACUGUAGGCUUGAAAUUAUGAGAUUACUGUAGAUUGCAAAUUUUGAAAGGUUACUGUAGAUCACAAUUUUGCGAGAAAAUUCGAGCACUGGGUUACUGUAGGUAUAUCAAGCAAAAAUACUCUAACCUUUUCUACAGUACCCCUAGAGACUAUGUCUACAGUAACCCUCUUCUGUAGAUUACAAAUUCCCGCGCAGAUUUUUUUGAUUCUUCGUAUUACUGUAGUUCAAAAUUUAGGAGGUUACUGUAGACUUUAGAUUGAUUGAACUACAGUAAUCUAGUCAGUUUUCGACCUACAGUAAUCCGCAAAAAACUACUGAAAGUGGAAAUUUUGGUCUACAAAAUAAAAGUACUGUAACCUACAGUAACCCGAAUUUUUUUCCAGCGCACAAAACGUGGCGGCGGUGUGGCUGUGCUUUCGGACAAAGAUAAAUGGCCACUUGGCCGUGUGCCAUACGUGCUCUCAAGUGCCUACAGUAAGUUUUGGCGGGCGAAAAUUCAAAUAAAAUUCAAAUUUUUCUUGCAGCAACCGCGCAACGUGCGGUGAUCGCAAGCGCAUUCGAUGCGUACGCCAAGAAGACGUGCGUCAAAUUUGUGCCGAAGACGGCGAUGGACAAGGAUUAUAUUGUGAUACAGAAGUUGGAUGGGUUAGUGAUGGGGAGGGGGAGGCAGAGAAACGAGAGAGGGAUAGAGACGCAGAGAAACUGGCCGCUGAAGUGGUAGAUAGUGCCGCUGAAGCGGAAGCUUGCGGUCUACACUUGCUUCGCUCGAGCUAGAGACGCAGAGAUAUCAGACAGCUAGAGAGCUAGAGACGCAGAGAAAUUAGACAGCUAGAAAGUUAGAGACGCAGAGAUGUCAGACAGCUAAAGGUUAGAGACGCAGAGAAAUCUUAGCGGGAAUUUGAAAAAUUCAAAUUUAUUUAUUUUUCAAAUUAAAUUUCAAAUUUAUUUAUUUUUCAAAUUAAAUCAAUAUUAAUUAAUAAUUCAUUAAUAAUCUAGAUUACUGUAGAUAAAAAAGUAAUUAAAUAAUUAAUUAAUUAGAAAUUAAAAUUCUGAAAAAAUAGCUCAAAAAAAUUUUCCAGAAAAAUUCUAGAACUUAGCCCAACUCAAAAAAAAAUUCUUCUUCCAGAUGUUACGCCGAUUUUUCACGUGUCGGUGGACGUCAACAAGUUUCACUGGCUGAUGAAUGUAUUGAUUAUGCGACUAUUAUUCAUGAAAUGAUGCAUGUUAUUGGUGAGUUAGGCUAACUAGGCUUAGCGCCGGGAAUUUUUGGAAAACUUAAAAAAUUCAAUGAGAAAUCAUUGCUCAUGUUAGAGAAUCCAAAGUUUGAGGAUUUUCAGGUUGCACAAUUUUUUGAAACAGUAAAUUUUUUCAAAAUUUAUUUUCAUGACAACAUUGCUAUUCUCCAAACAAAAUGAAAUGUUUCUUCAAGAUUUUAGACAAUUUUUUGAAACAGUAGAUUUUCUAGUAAUCAUGGUGUGAAUAUUUUUCAAAAUUUGAUGAAAAUUGAUGUUAUUUUUUUGAAACAGUGAGGUUUUGGUUUUGAAAAAAAAAAUCCGUAAAAAAUUUAAAAUUAGAAAAAAAAACACGGCAAAAAAAUCGGGUUAGUGCCCAAAAAUCAGAAUCCUUUUUUGAAUAAAAUAUUUUGGCGCCCUCUCUGCGUCUCUAACUCUCUAGCUGUCUGACUUCUCUUCGUCUCUAACUCUCUAUCUGUCUAACUUCUCUGCGUCUCUAGCUGUCUGCUUUCUCUGCGUCUCUAGUUCUCUGUUUUCUCUGCGUCUCUAGCUCGAGCGAAGCGAGUGCGGUUUGCAAGCUUCCGCGUUAGCGGUCAGUUUAUCUGCGUCUCUAGCUCUCUCUAGCUGUCUAACUUCUCUGCGUCUCUAGCUCGAGCGAAGCGAGUGUAAACCGCAUUCUUCCGCGAAGCGGCCAGUUUCUCUGCGUAUCUAACCUUCUAGAUGUCUGACUUCUCUGCGUCUCUAACUCUCUAGCCCUCUCUGAUUUCUCUGCGUCUCUAGGUCGAGCGAAGCGAGUGUAAACCGCAAGCUUUCGCGUCAGCGGCCAGUUUCUCUGCGUCUCUAACUCUUAUAUUUCUCCAGGUUUCAUCCACGAACAUCAACGCGAAGAUCGCGACAAUUACGUCCAAAUAAUCUACAAAAAUGUGAUUCCCGGAGCCAACACCGAUUUCGACAAACUCUCCAAUUUGGGCCUCUCAUACUAUGGAGAAAAAUACGAUUAUAUGUCAAUAAUGCACUAUGAAUCGAAUGAGGGAAGUCGAAACGGCCAAAACACAAUUGAGGCCGUCAAUUCGCAUUUCACCGAUUUGAUGGGAAAGACUAGCGAUUUUUCGGCAAGUGAUUUGAGACGGGUUAAUCGAGCUUAUAAGUGUCAUCGAAGCAAUUUUUUGAGCUUUGUUAAUUAG